UUUCACCAAUCGCAAAAUCAGUUGACCGGAUAUCGGUUAAUCUUGGAUAGAACCGGGUUGUUUGAUGAUCAAACCGGAAACCAUUGAUUAGAGAUUCUAUUCUCCAAGUGUCAGUCAUCAAGGUGAAGUGCGUAAGUAAAACAUGGCGCCUCUCAAACAUCUGGAGAUGGAGAAUCCAAUCAUCGACGCAUGUUUCCGAGAUUUCUGCUCUUCUCAUGGGAUUCUCACAGUUGAAGAUUUCCUUAUUCAUGAUCUCUAUGAACUUGCUGCGUUUGCUGAAAGGCAAGUAGAUGCUGAUAGAUUGAAGGAGGGUAUCACUGUCAUGCUUUCUUUGGUAGAGGUUAAGUGUCGGCCAUGGUUGAACGGUAUGGAGUUGUUGGAGGAUCUACAGCGUAAUAAACAGACUCUAUCGAGUGGAGAUAACGGGACGGACUCAUUACUUCAAGGUGGGUUACGUGAGGGUCAGGUGACAGAACUUGUUGGACCAUCGUCUUCUGGUAAAACACAGUUUUGUAUGCAAGCUGCUGCGAGCGUGGCGGAGAAGCAAGAAGGCAGUGUCUUUUAUAUAGACACGGGGAACUCUUUUUCUGCCCGACGCAUUGCUCAAUUUAUCUGUGGCAGUUCGGCUGCCGCUGUUUUACGAAAGAGAGUCCUGAGCAGGAUAUCAUGUCACACGGUCUAUGACAUCUAUACAAUGUUUGAUACGCUGCAAGGUCUAGAGGUUGCGUUGAGGUCUCAGGAGCAGAUGAAUGUGAACGAGUGCCGGUUACGGUUGUUGGUUGUUGAUUCGAUCUCUUCUCUGAUAACCCCAAUCCUCGGAGGCAGUGGCUCACAGGGACGUGCUUUAAUGGUGGCACUUGGAUAUUUGCUUAAGAAGCUGGCACAUGAACAUAACAUUGCUGUUCUGGUAUUACUGAAGUUUCGGGGCAUUGGGUGUGUCAUUCUGCUUCAAAGUUCCUUUUUUUUAAUCUCUCCUUCUGUAUUAAAGGUGACGAACUACACGGUGGGUGCUGGAGAAAACGGUAAAACCAAACCGGCUCUUGGCGAAACUUGGAAAAGCAUUCCACACGUGAGACUUAUGCUAUCACGUGACAACAGGAACAACAGCUGCACUAUCUCCAUCUUAAAACACACAUCAAUGCUUUCUGGCCAGACUGUGACUCGCAAGGACAAUCAACAAUGUUUAUAGCCAACUAGUAGUGCUGGUUUCACCAGCGAAGAAUAAGCUUGGAUUUGCGAUAAACAGUGAUAGAUAUGUAAUGCUAAAAUGUACUGUUUAACAACUGAAUAACUUUCAA